AUGUUCGAAGAAACACUCCCUCUCGUUGUCCAAAUCACCCCCGCCUUUGAGUCUCUGCUUACACAUACAUAUCCUCCUCCACCAGGCAAGGUUGGUUUCACACUUCGCCUUGUCCUACAUCAUGGCGACGACUGUUUGAUUUCAAUCUUUUGGCUUAUUCUUAGCGAGGACCACCGUGGUACGCCAGAGGCACCCGGUCGAGUUGUCACUCUGAUCGAGCGCUCCUACUGGGAGAAGUUAACAGACCACCAUGAUUCUGCGCCAGAAAAGGUCUGGGGCGUUGCAUAUCGUAUUGUGCCGGAAAAGGUGUCUGAAGUCAAGGAAUAUCUGGAUAUUAGAGAGAUCAACGGCUACUCCAUCCACUAUACACCUUUUUAUCCCGCCGACGGGUCCACGCCAAUGCAGACUCUAGUGUACAUUGGCACUCCUGAUAAUGAGCAGUUUGUCGGCCCUCAAGAUCCCCAGAAGCUGGCACAGCACAUUCUCAACAGCAAAGGACCAAGCGGUCUGAACAAAGACUACCUUUACGGCCUCGACACUGCCCUCAAUGAAUUGUCCCCGGAUAGCGGAGAUUAUCAUGUCAGCGACUUGGCACAGCGCGUUCGAGCACUCGAGCACUCGGUCAAUGGAACUUCGUCCUAG